AUGUAUACCAUCACUACUGUUACACAGCCAUGUGCAGACACUAAACAUCCUUUAUUACUAUUACAAACGGUGCAUGGUGACCGUUAUAUGUUUGGUAAAAUCGGAGAAGGUGCACAAAGAGCAAUCACUGAGAAUAAAAUUAGAUUAGCCAAAUUAGAAAAUAUUUUCUUGACUGGGAAAUUGGAUUGGUCAAGCACAGGUGGCCUUGCGGGUUUGAUUUUAACUAUUGCAGAUCAAGGUAAAAAUAAAAUUGUUUUGAAUUAUGGUAAUAAAUUGAUUAAUUAUGUCAUUUCAACUUGGAGAUAUUUUGUAUUUAGAUUUGGUAUUAAAUUACAAUCAAACAUUAUGUCAUCGUUAAAUGAUAAUCAAAUAUAUAAAGAUCCUUUAAUUAACGUGAAAGCUUUUACAGUGACACCCAAAAUAUCAAAUGAGCCAGUAUUUAACAUUGCAGAAGAUACAGUAUUAAAUACCAUUGUGGCUAAUAUGUUUCCUAAACAUGCUCCAACUUCUAAAUAUGACCCUACAUCUGAUCCUCAUUUAAAUGUUGAAUUACCAAGAGUAAACUUCGAACAGAGUUCAACAAAUUAUGAGAUAAGUUUCAAUCCAAUUAGAGGUAAGUUUCUUGUUCAGGAAGCAAUAAGACUUGGUGUACCAAAGGGACCAAUGUUUGCAGCAUUAACAAAAGGUACCCCUGUCACAUUAGAUAACGGUACGAAAGUGACUCCAGAACAAGUUCUUGAGAAACAAAGACGAUUCCCUAAAAUUUUAAUAUUAGAUAUUCCUGACGAUUCAUAUAUUCAAUCUUUCGAGGAGCAAUUUUCAAAUUAUGAUGCGGCUCACCUGGGAGCAAUAUAUUAUUUUCUGGACGACUCGGUUACUAUCAAUGACCAAUUAAUUAGAUUCAUGGAGUCAUUCACUACAUCCAACAAGAACAUCAAACAUAUUGUAUCGCAUCCUAACGUUUCGUUGAAUAGUUUAGCUUUUGUUGGUUCAGCUGUAACUACAUUAAAAUUGAAAGCAUUACAAAUGGAGAAUUACAAUUUACCAAGGACAAACAACUUAUUAUCUCGAGAGUUCUAUGAUUGUUUCGAAAAAUCUGUUCCUGAAGGUACAUCUAUGAUUCAAUCACAAGAAGAUUCAAUUCAAACGCAAUUGAAUAAGUCAAAUGUUCAUAUUAUGGAGAAAGAUACACUAAUUACUGUCGAUGCUACUCCAGUCGAUGAAUCAACUGAUAAUUAUAAAUGUCAAGUUUCCACAGAGGGAACCCAUAUGACUGAUGACGCCAAAGUUUGGAGAGAAUUGUAUGAUUCACAUAUUGAACCAUUAAAUUUACCUACUGUAUCGUACGAAACUUUAAUUACCAAUCAAAAGAAUCAAAAUAAUUUUAAUAAUUCAAAGGAAAAAGCUGAUCAUGUAGAGAUUGUUACAUUCGGUACUGGUAGUGCGCUACCAUCAAAAUAUAGAAAUGUUAUAUCAACAUUGGUAAAAGUUCCAUAUAUCGACGAGUCCAACAAUAUUUCACAACGAAAUAUUCUCUUUGAUGCCGGUGAAAAUACAAUCGGACAAAUCAAAAGAAAUUUCUCUGAAAACAAGCAACAAGAUAUAUUCAAAGAUUUGAAAAUGAUUUAUUUGAGUCAUCUUCAUGCAGAUCAUCAUUUAGGUAUCAUUAGUAUAUUGAGGGAAUGGUAUCAAUAUAAUAAAUCGGACCCAGACGCCAGAAUAUAUUUGGUUUCCCCAUGGCAAUAUAAUAAGUUUGUGAAAGAAUGGUUAUUGUUGGAGUCUCCAGAAAUUUUGUUGAGAAUCAAUUAUAUUAGUUGUGAACAUCUUAUCAAUGAAAGGGUGUGUCGUAUGGAGACCAAGCCAAUAAAUGUAGACGAAUAUGUUGAUUUGAUGAAUGAUGAGUUUGGUGAAAACGAAAGUAAUUCUGAUGGAGAAUCUGCUGGAGAAUUGAGAUCCUUAAAGAGAAGAAGAUUAGAAUUAAACAAUAUGUCGUCAUUUAGAAACAUUAAGAUGAUCCGCUCUAUGUACGAGGAUUUACAUAUACAAAGAUUCCAAACUUGUAGGGCUAUUCAUUGUAAUUGGGCUUACUCCAACUCCAUUACUUUCCAAGUGUCAAAUACCAAAACUUUUAAAGUGUCCUAUUCUGGUGAUACCAGACCAAAUAUUGAUAAUUUUGCUAAGGAUGUUGGACAAAAUUCUGAUUUAUUAAUCCAUGAAGCUACAUUAGAUAAUGAAUUGCAAGAGGAUGCAAUUAAGAAGAAGCAUUGUACUAUCAAUGAAGCGAUUACUGUUUCGAAUAAGAUGAAUGCUCAGAAGUUACUUUUAACGCAUUUCUCUCAACGUUAUCCAAAAGUGCCUAAUAUUAUGAAUAAUGUUGAGAUCAAAGCAAAAGAGUAUUGUUUUGCAUUUGAUGGGAUGAUUGUUGACUAUGAGAAGAUGGGUGAACAAUUAGCUAUCUUACCAAAAUUAGGUAAUCUUUUUGUCGAAGAGGCUGAAGAAGAAAUAGAAAAGGAAAACGUUCAACUGAGAGAGCAUGACGAUCACAAACAAUCUAAAAAGAAAUCUAAAAAGUAA